AGAGACAGAAAUAAAGCAGCGCACUCGGGACUUUUGUCAAUAUUGGAUAUUGCCUAAUUUUAAGGAAGUUACGCCCGAAUGGGAACAUAUGAUGAGAUGUUUGAUCGAAUCCCUGAAUUAUUAUCCCUUGUUAUACAUGCCUUUCAAAACGAUGGCAUUAUUCGCUAUGGAUACGUUAAAUAUAAGCAUGCCGCGUUUGUAUGCGUCAAUGAGUUACGCGGAAUGGAUUGCUUAUAAAAGCUGGAGAUUUAUAUUUGGCUACGCUUUAAAAUUCUCAAGCUUUCGAGUAAUUGCUAAUAAAGUAGGGCGUAAGAUAUUUGAUCAAGUGGGUAAUUUCAACCGAGAAAAAAAAGCAGAACUUCAGAGAAAAUCGGAAAAGCAGUUUUCACAGUUUUCUAUUAUGGACUAAUAGUGAAACGAUGUUGUAUAAAAUUUGAAAAUAUCUCUCAUUGUCAAUAUAAACACGCUUUUUUUU